CUUGUCUGUUCACUCUCUCUUUCCCAUCGCUUUCCUUUUUACUUUGUUCUCUCAACGCUCCAACACCUGCAACACUCCCCCUCCCCUUUUUUUACCCUGCGUUUGCAUACAUUUUCUGUUCUUCCAUUCCUUGCCAUCAUCUAUAUCUUUAUAUUUAUCUGUGUUGCUGAUUGUUAACUGCACUCUCACCUUUUGAUUACUCCUCUCUAGUCUCCAACAGCACUUUCUAUCACAUUUAUCUACUUCACAACCAUGAGUUCAAACAGCGAGAAUCGCCCUUAUCUCCGUCAGACACAAAGCCAGGUUCAAUCUAGGAACAUCACUGUCGCCACUACAGGUCUGCCUCUCACUGGUCUUAGAAGCAUGCGACGACUCUCUGAGGGAUCUAUUCCGGCUAUCCCUUCGUUCGAUGGACACUCUAAAGAGCAACCCACCUCCAUUCCUAUCAAUACCCUCUUGGCAACAACGGCAGCAACAAUCUCCACAUCGGCAACACAAACAGUCACCACUGUCAGCUCAUGGCCGUUUGCAACUGGUACUGUCUCGGACUCAUCAUGCUGCUUACACUCUCCAACAGUCUCUAAUUCCUCAUCACAACGAUCCGAAGGACCUUCACCAGCCUCCACACCCGCAUCAUCAACACCAUCUUCGCCUUGCUCAGCUCCAAUUUCACCGGCUUCAUCUUGCUCACCAUCACCUACAGCCGCUUCCUUUAAAAGUUCAUUACAUUAUCAAAAAGAGAAAAAGGAACCUCAUUGUACAUACUCAAUCUCAUUCGAACCUCUUCCUCCAACUAAGGAGAUCGCAGAUAGGGCUCAAACUGUUGCUGAAAUGGUCAACGGAACCGACUUUGAUCAAACAACGACAACAACACCAAGACAGAUGGGCGCAGUAAGUACGACGACUUUAACAACAACCGCAUUAAAAUCGCAACCAACAGAAUUAUUGGAUCUUCCAACAGAAAUUUUGCAAGAGAUUCUAUGUCGACUGGUUGCACCGAAGAACUUUGUUCGAAGCUGUCGUCAGAUCUACAAUCUCUCGCGAUCACCAUCUUUACGAGCCAAGUAUUUGUGGCUUCUCCAUGGUCCCGACCAGGUGUUGUCCCGUAAGACUGUUGAGCUGCACAAGCUGACAAGAUCAAUCCUUGACUCCCCAGUUGUCCUGCUUCUCAUUGCUAUGGGAGCUGUCUAUCGUGAUCCAGAGGAAUUUAUUUUCCGAUGGGCUUGCUCAAAGGGCCACGUGGAUGUCGUCUGCCAUUUACUAGAAAACAGUGAGCCAGGGAUUGAUCUGAGGUUUAGAUCUGACUGGUUUUUGCGAGAGGCUGCUAAGAAUGGCUGUCGAGACGUCGUUGCAAUCCUCCUUCAGCAGCCAGACUACAUACCUUCCGAAAGUGGUCUGAACAAGGCCUUCGAAGCCGCAUAUGAGCAAUCACAUUGUAGUACUGUUAAGGCACUUCUCGAUUUUGCUGAAGCUCGAGGUGCUAUUGUGCAACAGCUGGAAAUCGAGCAACGGACAGCAGUCUCAGGACCAGGGACAUUUCCGGUAUCUAUUUUUCAAAGCUCAAUCCCCUCGACCAGGAGAGCUAGGAGGGUUAUGGCAGGAGGAUUGUUUAUACAAAAGGACGCUGAUAAAGCCCUACGUUAUGCAGUCCGUGGAAAUGACGUGGAGAUGGUCAAGUUAUUAAUGGAAUAUGAGGCAGAUGUUCAUGCCUUCAAUGAGGAGGCCAUUCUUGUGGCCGCACAAAAGGGACAUGUUGAGAUUUUGAAGUUGUUAAUCCAAGCAGGUGCCAACAUCGAAACCAAGAAUGGAGCCCCUCUGCGACAAGCUGCAGAGGCUGGACAUGCAGAGGCUGUCAAAGUAUUGUGUGAGAGCGGUGCAGAUACGAUGCUAGGAGGUUGUAGUGCUUUACGAACUGCAACGUCUCAAGGCUAUGAUAACAUCAUUGCAAUACUACUGGACCAUGGAGCAGAUGUCAACAUUCAUGAAGGAACACCACUGCAAUUAGCAUGUCAACAUGGCCAUGAGGCCGCUGUACGAGUGCUUCUCCAGUAUGGCGCUAAUCAUCGAUUGGAUGAUGGUGCGGCUUAUAAGAUGGCGCUGGAUGCCAACCAUGAAGGAAUCAAGGCCCUUUUAGUCCAAGCUGAGAAGACCAUGCGUGCCAAAGAAAGAGAGCUAGAGAGGAUGAUACAGCAGCAACAACAACAAGAAGGAGGCAUGAUGACGCAACAACAACUCCAACCCUUGUCAAUACCUCCUGAUUCACGAGUGUAUACCGGGAACUAUGGUAAUUUCUCACCCAUUCCAGGAAUUUCAUCGUCGUCAAUGUCCUCAGUCCCUUCUGCAGAGAACGCAAGACGUCACAAGCGGUAUUAUAGUCAAAUAUCGAAUCCACUCUCAGUAGCAGAUUUGUUUCGGUCUGGAUCAGUAUGUGGUCUUGUGGCCCUAGACGAUGAAAUUCGGUCACGACAACGAAGCGAAAGCAAUCGGUUAUAGAUAUUUCCAUCAUAGCUUACAUUACUGAAAUGCAAUCAGUAGAUAUUUUGUGGCAGGAAUAACCCAAAGCUUUUUUUUCCGUUUUCCCUAUGC